ACACACGUUUUUAUUUACUCAAAAUAAUCUCCCUCUGUGUCAAUACAGCGUGUAGACCGCGUAAUUAACAUUUCGAAGGACCUUUGCAGCUCCUGUUUUGGUUCCCCGUUUAGUACGGCGGUUACAGCGGCCUGAAUCUCCUAAAUGCUGCUAUAAUGUGUCCCUUUCAUUGGAAUUGCCAUUGUUACCUUGGAUCAUGCACCCUACUCGCCUGAUCUGUCUCCCUGCGAUUAUUUUCUUUUCCCAAAAUUGAAAAUUCCAAUGAAAGGGACACAUUAUAGCAGCAUUUCGGAGAUUCAGGCCGCUGUAACCGCCGUACUAAACGGGCUACAAAAACAGGAGCUGCAAAGGUCCUUCGAAAUGUUAAUUACGCGGUCUACACGCUGUAUUGACACAGAGGGAGAUUAUUUUGAGUAAAUAAACGUGUGUGUAAAAACUUUACUUGUACUUUUUUCUUUUUAUAGCAAAAGUUCGGUUUCUUUUUAGACAGAGCAUUUAUAUAAAGAGCAUUUAGUGAGUAUAAGUAACUGACCUUCUCAAAAUGAUAAUCGAUGCUAGCCAUUGUCAAUUCUUUAAUAUAGUCUUCCAAUUCAUACACUCAUUUCAAAAGAAAUGAAAUGCUCAACUGUACGAUACUCCCUGUCACAUGGCACUCUCCCGCAUCUGAAACUAGAUUGAAAGAAAAUUCUCGUAAAACAUUCGUUAACCCAAAGCAUCGAUGGAGAAUUAUGAUACAAUAUUUCGUUUCAAAAGCAACGUAUAAUUUUCGGAAGUGCUACUGUUUAAAAAUUUAUUAGGGAGACAGACCGAUCGAUGAAUGAUUGUAGCGUACCACCGACGUGGUGUAUGUACAGAAUUUCGAAAUUAUAGCACCUGCCAAUCACUCUACUGGUCUAAGGGCCUGCAUUUCUUCAUUGAGGAAAAUGUUUCUCUGAAAAUAUAAAAAAUAUGAAAACAAGAGAGAAAACUGGUCGAGUGCAGAGACAUUGUGACCAGUCGUGUUUCAGUCACCCUACAAUAUGGAUCGUUCACUAUUACAGUACUAUGGUUUCAUUAUAACACUUCUCUCUUCCAUUGGACUUUGGCCAUAUCAGAAUGAAAAUCUUCGACGGUUCAUGAAUCCAACAAUUACUAUUCUUUUAACGAUUUAUCUAAUACCUCAGUUUGUACCCGUCGUCACACAAGAGUUCGAGAUGAUAGUGUUUUUAAAAAACAUGUGGUCUAUAAUGAUAACACUGGGCUCUCUCACCAAAUACGUUGCGUUUUGGCGACAUGCUGAAAAAUUAAAAGCAUUUAUGGAAGAUAUGAUUCACGAUUGGAACACAAUGGAUGACGAGGAGCUGAAGAUUCUUAAAGAGUACGCCUACACGGGAAGACGUCAUUCAAUCAUUUUUGCAUUAUUUAUGUACCCGACGAUGUUUCUUACGGUGGUAUCUCACUUCACAUCCGAACUCCUGGACAUUGUAGCGCCAUUGAACGAAACCCGUCCUCAUGUGUCUCCAAUAGUAACGGAGUACUUCAUAGACGAACAGAAGUACUUUUUUCUGAUCGCGUCUUAUCAGUGCCUGAUGAUGAUUAUAAGUGGAACAACGUUUAUUGCAAGUGAACCUAUUGUUAUGAUGUUGAUACAGCACCUUGCUUCGUUGUUUGUAAUUGUUUGUCAUCGUAUGCGCGAGGCAAUUCUGGAUUGUAUUCCCGUUUCUGGUGUUCAUGGAAGACAGUUCCAUCCAGUUAACAAAUACAAGCUAAUAAAAUCUGUGGAAUCCCACAGAAGAGCGUUAAAGUUUUCCACUGAUUUGAUGUCUACCUUUGGAGUAUCGUAUUCUGUUUUUCUAAUCAUAGGUGUUCUUUCUGAAAGCCUUGUGUUAUUUCGUUUAUCACAAACAAUAUUCCUGGUAAACCGAAUGGGAGAGACGCUGCAAUCCAUAAUAAUGAUUAUGUCAAUGUUUGUAUACAUGUUUUACAUCAACUUCUUAGUGCAACAUAUGGUAGACCGUAGCAAUAAUAUUUUUACGUUUUUGUAUAAUACAGAUUGGUAUAGAACGUCGGUAUCAACUCAGAAGAUGUUGUUAUUCAUUAUGUCGAAAAGUUUUAGAGUAAUUGAUAUGAAAAUUUUGAUCGUGUACUACCCCUCUAUCGAAGGAUUCGCGACUGUACGUGUCUUUAAUUUAUAUUGUCAUGCGGUCAUUAUAUUCAUCAGUAGAAAGUCGAUUUUCUUUUAACCAAUAAGAGGUAUCUUUUCAGCUGUUAAAGACAUCCCUAUGUUACUUCAUGGUGAUGUAUUCGACUCAAUGAAAAUGCAUAUAUUUCUGUUACGUUCGCAACAGAUCCUACAUUGUUGACUUGCGUUUGCAUUACAUACUGAUUACAUGAUCACUUGUCAUCAAUAAAUUUAUGUUUCACCGAA